CAAUCUUCCCUUCUAUUCACGUCACUCCUUUGUACACACCCAAUCCCUCCAUCAUGCCUCCCUUCCACAUCUCCAGCACCUCACGGGCCCUCUACCGCGUCUUCAUCGCCCCUACCCUCCACCAAUCCCCUCCAUCAUGCAUCCUCUCCAUCAUACGACCACACCUCCACCCCCGAACGGCGACACUUUCCCAACCCCUCACCGUCACCCGCUCCAAACACUACAAAAAGAAAGACACGGAGCGCCACGCCCUAACCGACCACUACGUCCUCGACAACGCUAUCCAAGCCUCCCACAUCAAUCUCGUCGACGCCAACGGCGUCUUUCACGCCUACAUGCCCUUUGACGAAGCCCGCCGCUCCUACAACCGCACCACUCACUACCUGAUGCAAGUCUCUCCCGGCGAAGUCGACAUCUUCGGCCGCUCCGACCCGGAGAACCCGCCGGUUUGUAAGGUCGUUUCGAAAAUAGACCUGCGGUUGCAGCACGAGAAGAAGUUGGAGAUUGAGAGGAGGGAGGCGAGGGGGGUGGGAAAGGGGCCCGCGCCGAAGAGUCUGGAGUUAAAUUGGGCGAUUGCGCCGGGGGACUUGGGGCAUAGGUUGGAGAAGAUGAAGCAGUUUCUAAGGGAGGGGAGGAAGGUGGAGGUGCUGUUGGGGCCGAAGAGGAGGGGGAGGGUGGCGUCGGAGAAAGAGUGUAGCGAUGUGUUGAAGAGGGUGAGGGAGGCGCUGGCAGAGUGUAAGGGGUCGACGGAGGCGAAGGAGCCCCAAGGGGUGGUGGGAGGAGUGAUGACGUUGGUGUUUGAGGGAAAGAAAUUGGAGAAGGCGGAGAAAACAGAGAAGAAUGCUGGUUAAGAACUGCAUGUUUACCAGAGCAUCACCUGUAUACAUAGAAUAAUGUGUAAGAUGGAUAAGCGCAUGGAAAUGCCGUAGCUAUUUGUACAGCUGACAUAUAAGUGUCACGAUGUGCACUGUACUAAUACAAUCGAAUAUAUCA